AAAAAAUGGCGGCACGUGAUGUCUGUGUUGCACGGAUUGCACGAAAACAGCUGACAUUUUUCGUUCCUUUUGUCCUUUUGCAGUGAGAUAAGGAAGGCAAAGAUACCAUGGCACUUAAAGAAGCGAGACAAAUAUUGCUUGAUCCCAUCGAAAGUACACCAGGCAAAAAUAUCACCAAUCCGGAUGACGGUUCCGAAAGCACCAACAAGUUCGUCUCGUCACUUGUGAUCAACCUUGCAUUGGCUUUGGUGGCAAUUUUUUUGUUUUCUUUUUUACGACCAAGACUUAAACGCAUCUACUCCCCGCGACAGCUGUUGCUUGAUAUGAUGUUUCCUCUCGGGAAGCUUCCAAACUCGUUUUUCGCGUGGGUAAUUCCCGCCUUCAUGGCGAACGACGAUGAUGUGUUCUAUUAUGCUGGCAUAGAUGCUGUUGUUUACAUGCGAUUCUUAAAGCUCUGUAUCAAGAUAUCACUUGUGAUUAUGCCUUACGGAAUUGCAGUUUUGCUGCCUUUGAACUAUUAUGGCAAAGGAGGUUUAAAUGGCCUGGAUAGGGUUGCACUGUCCAACGUAACGGAAGGAUCCCCGAAAUUGUGGGCACAUUUAGUUGCAGCAUGGUUUUAUACGGCGAUUAUUUGUUACCUUCUAUACGAAGAGUGGAAAGUCUACAUCAUGUAUCGUCAAGAAUACCUUACUUGUGGAAAAGGUCACCAGUAUGCAGUUCUACUGAGGGAUUUGCCAGUCAAGGUACAUAAACAUGUUUACAGCAGCGUAGGGGGAUGGAAUAUCCUUUUACUGCAAAUACAGUAGUAUCUCACGCAGAGCUUUAUCACAUUUUUGUGGUGAAAGUGUGAAAUCUGCCUAACAUAGUUGGAUAUCACAUACUGUUGUUUCAUGUACAGUUGUAAGCAUCAAUAGGGGACUAAAAACCAAGUUGUAAUAGGGUGCAAAAAUGACAUAAAUCACAAUCCAGCAGAGUAUUGGGAAACCAUCAUGGAGGGGUUGGGGUGGGGGGUGGGGUUGGGGGUGUUGUAACAUUGGAAGCCCAGGGACAAAAUUACUAAAUAAGAUGAACCACACUGAACAUAACAGCUCUAUUUCUUGUAUUCCCCAUUCUCAUACUGCGCAAGCACAUCAAUUAAUGUACAUGUAAAACAGCUGUGACGUAACUUCAUAUAAUGUAACACAACUAUCAGGAAACAAAGUCACAAUACAACAGGGAGUACUCCCCUAUAUGGCCUACACGGGGAUGUGCUGCUGGACAGGGUAUGUUUUUUUUACCUCUCUGUUAUAAACAGGGUAUAUAAUUUCAUGGGAGUCUGUCAUAAACAGGGUAUAUAAUUUCAUGUGAGUUUGUCAACAGGAUAUUACCGAGAUGAAUUUUGUUUAUACUCUAAGAAUACAAAAGCAAUGGCUGGAUGCAAAUUUGCUUUAUAGCAAUUGCCAGUAAAUGGCUUUAAAACAAGACAGUGUGCAGUUUGUUGUUUGUCCUAAACAGGGUAGUAAAUUUUACUCUGGAAUUCAUGAAUAUUGAGAAUUAGUGCAAUUCAGAUUGGUGCCAUGCUGUAGACUGAUUACACAUGUACAGGCACACUGUAAGAUACCCUGAUGUGUCAGGUUUCUCCCCUGAUUUCAAUUCAGGUACCACUUUGAUUUGGUCUUCAUUGCCAUGUAUCAGGUACUCCCUCUCCUUCUGAGGUCAGAUAACCUCCCCCCACUGGUGUCAAAUAGCCCAGGGACAGUUUAUGUCAGGUACCUCUACUGUAUCUGUCAGGUGUUAGGUUGCAUUAAACAACUUUCCUGGUCCCGUUGCUCAAACAUGGAGUAGCAAAAUGAAACAUGCAUCGCUCAUGCAGCACUGCAUUAGCAACUUACAAGCGUUGCACAAAUGGCUACAGGAAGGCUGUAUGAUAACUGCACUGGAAACGCUGACAAAGUCUCGAAAAAUGACCGCACAAAGGACGUGUUAGCGCUGCCAAAGUAAUGACAGAUAACUGUGCGAAUCAUGCAUAAGCUAUGCACCUUUUAUCUUGUGGAUAAGUAUUAGCCAGGAAAACCAAUUGCAUUAUCCAGUGGAUAGAAUGAUCCACCUUUUUCACAACUGCAGCCUGUGCUUUACAUAUUGUGAUCUUUAGACCUAACUGCAGUAGCUGGUAUUUGGCAUCAACAACUCCUUCCACUGCUAGCUGGAGGCAAAAUGAAAUGCCAACUAAGCCACUUGGCAUCCUCAAAAUACAAACACUGGUAUAUAGGUCAUUCUUAUUCAGGACUAUUCUCUUGGGCAAUGUUGUGUGGGUUGAGGGAAUUUGUUUCUGCUUUGCAUUAUCUCCUGUUGCUGUACAGUCAUGUUAUUAAUUAGGUACGUAUUAUUAUGAAGAUGGGUUAUAACAGAAAUAAUACAAAAUUAAUAUAUCAGAGGUUUUUCAAAAAAAAAAAUGUUAUUGCUGUUUUCUUUUUCCUGUCAGUUCCAAAAUGAACAGAGUAUAAAAAGCUACAUUGAAGAACUUUUCCCUGACCAGGUACAGUCCAUCACAACUAUCAAACAAAAAUUUUAAUUAUUGUGCAUAAAAGUGUUAUGAUGAUAUAUUGUAUCUUUUAAUCUUACCCUGUUUGACCUACUUAUAUAAUGUUCCUGUCUUGCCUGCAAAAGAUAACUAAAAACACAAUGCUUGAAAUUAGACUUGUUAGCUUUGGUGUUUAAUUCUGAAUACUGCUCGCUGUUGGGGUGGCUAGGAUUCAUUUGACUAAAACUAAAGUCUGAAAAAAGGUCACGGGCAAAAAGACUGAGGUAGUUCAUUUUUCUCUUAUUAUUAAUCAUUACCAUCAUCAUUCAUCAUUAUUAAUAUGAUUAUUAUUGUGAUUAUGAUUAUUAUCUUCUCUUGGUGCAUGCUUCACAGCAGGUACAUGUACGGCAUUGCCGGAAAUUUUAGUCCCAUCAUCAAGUCACAACAAGCUGCCUUAUUAUUAUUAUUAUUAUUAUUAUUAUUAUUAUUAUUAUUAUUAUUAUCUAAAAAUAAUAUCAUUAAUUUAGUUUAGUUGAAAUGAACCGGUUUUUUCUUAAUGGAAUAAUUUUUCCAAAUAUGUGAUAUAUUUUUAAUGGAAUGAAUUUUUUCAACCUAAAUUAAGUGUCUUUUUUUUUUCAUCGAAAGGAAUAAUAUAAAUAGUGCUUUGCCUGAAUAGUUUUUAAGCGAAAUUAAUUGUAAAUCGGAUUUUAUAGUUAGCUUUGUUAUCAAUAAAAGGUUUGGGUUUUUUAUCUAAAUCAUUAUCAUUAUAUUCAUCAUCAUCAUUAUUAUUAUUAUUAGUCCUUUGUCAGGGAGAGACAAUCAUAAAGAGUGAGAACGGCAUGGUUCAACCAAUAUGGAUCUCUAUGACUUAAUCCUGUAAAUUUAUUUUCAAUAUGUUCUAUACUAAUGUUCUGCCUUGCUCCUUAGAGUUUUUUCUCUACCCAUGUACUAGGAACCCUGAAGGUAGAUUUUGAAUAAAUUUUUCAGAAAGUGACUGACUUUUACAACAAUUCUUUUUGUCUUAAGGUUGAAGAUGUCAUAGUGGUUGAAAAUCUGUCAAGAUGGCAAAAAUUAGUAGAUAAACAUGACAACCUAGUUUGGAAACUUGAGCGUUCUAGAGUAAGUAAAUGUAAUUGCAAGUCAUACUGGUAAAAUGUGCCUCUGGAAAUGAUUUAAGAUGUAUUUACACUGCAAGGUAACAAUCAUUGAAUCUUAUUUUUUACCUGUAGGCGUACAGUAAAUCAUAGAAGUCUUAUAGUGUUCUGAGUGAAGAGUUUGCCAAUAAUCUCAUGGAAAACGUGUUUUAGCUAAGCAGUUUUUUUAAAUGAAAGGCCAUCCCCUUCUUUUUUUUCGUUUAGCGUCGAAUGCAUUUCCUGAUGUUGGGUCGGUCGGUCGGAUGGAAAAAAAAAGAUCUAAAAAGAAAAAUCACAAGAAGUCUCGGAAAAGGAGGCCCUGGUACCCCAGGAUGAAGUUAAAAGUUAACAUUCACAUAUUUGGAUUGACAAAAUGCACAGUAUACGUACUGUAAGAAAUGUUCCUGUUUUGUUCCUUUUUUCUCUAUGCUGUUACUAAGCUCAUGUUUCAGAUUAAAAGUUAGAAUUAUUUCAAGAGAAGAAUGGUUUAACUACAUCGUUACUUUUUUUUUUGAAAAAAUUAUGCCAAAAAUUUGGGUCGGUUGGACGACGCUAAACAGAGAAAAAAAAGAGGAUAGCCAAAAGGAGAUCAUCUCCAUUAUGGAUGCAACUUUUGCAGUUGUGAAAAGAAAGCCGGAAAAAAUUCGGGCUUGUAAGGGUUUUGAACCUUUUGACCUAGAGCUGCAAUACCUUAAAGUGCAGUGGUCUUAACUUAUGCAAUAAUAAUACGUUUUACCUGUACAUCAAAAUUAUUAGGGCUUUCUACACUGAAAGCCUUGUUGCCUUAGUUAUUUCAAUAUUAGAAUAAAUUUCACCUAUCCAAUGAGCAAGUCCCAGAUACUGACUGCAGAUGUGGUUAUUAAAUAAUUUUCAACCUUGCACGCCAUGGAGCCUCCAGUUGCUCUGUGGUUACAGCUAGAACUCGGAGGGUUGUUAGUUUGAUCUUCACCUGGAGCUCGAAAUUUUUUGGGAGUUUUCCGGUAUAAGAAUUCUCUUUCUUCUAAAUUAUAUUGUACAGUCUUGGUCUUGUGCGCUGGUGGACGGCCGAUUUUGAGCAAGUCCUCGGUACAGUCCACUAUGACUGGUGUAGUUAUAAUAAAUUUCGACCCUGCUCACCUUGAGCCUCCAGUAACUCAGUGGGUAGAGCAUCCAAAGUAGAACUCGCAGGGUCGUGAUUUUGAUUCUCAUUCCCAGCUUUAUGGUAUAAGAAUUCUCCUUCUUCCAAAUUAAUUCUAUGUCUAUUUAGUUGAAAAUGUAAAAUGUCUUGUUUUGUUCCCCUCUCAAUUGCCAGCUGUCUGAAAAACUGACGGCAGCUUAUAGUUUUGAUCGUCACAAGGAUGUGCGGGUCUUCUCCUUUGUUUUUAAGUUCUCAUAAGGGAUCACUCAGUCUCCCUUGACAGCAGUUGAAUGGGAAUGCUAAUCAUUUGUUGUAACUUUGAAUGUCAGAUAAAGUAAUAGAAAUGAGAUUAUUUUAAAUGUUAUUUUACCUUAAUGCCCUGGUAAUUAACAACAUAUUUAUUUAGGUCACCAUCUUCAAAUGAUUGCUUUUAGGAUGUGGCCAUUAAGGAAAGCUGUAGUUUUACUUUCUGUCUGUUUUCCCAGAAAUGAUGUAACAUAAACCUUUGAAUAUAAUUUCACUAUGGAAUGUGGCUUAUUAUGAUGCUUUUGAUAUGUGUUGCUUUUAGACAAUUUAUGAAAAAACUGGAGAAAGACCUACCCACAGAGCUUCCCCAUGUGGUUCAGAAUUAGACUCCAUUACACAGCAUGAAAGUGAUUUAAUGGUAAAUGAUUAACCUUUUUGUACAAAGUAUGACAUUAGUACAAUCAGGCCCCAGUUGUUCAAAGGGUGGAUAGUCAAAAGUGCUAUCUAAUCCAGUGGAUAAUAUAAUAAUUUCCCCAAUACUAUACAACUUAAUACCCCAAAGGGGAGGUGAAUAGUGGCGGUAUACACCGAGAUGCGAAACCUCGAGGUAUAUAUCUAGCGCUGUUCACCAACCCUGAGGGGAUAGUUGUUUUAGUAUUUACCAGAAACACAUAAGGGGUUGAAACGUGUAACUCUCAUAUGUUUGCUUUGUCCGAUGCUCGUGAUUAUUCAUUUUCAAAAGUACCAUAUUUGGAACGAGAAGAAGAGAUAACUGACCAAUCAAAUUUCGGAAACAACUUGACGUAAUUUUCCUUCAGGUUCCCGCGCCCGCUUAAAAAAAUGGCCAACAAACGGGGGAAAAACUCCCAAAAGCCGAGAAAGCUUUCAAAGGUUGAAACCAGGAAUAUUACCGAAACACUGAGCAGGAUAUUAUUGCCUUACCACCCGGGCCAAACGUAACGUUAUGAAACCCAUUGACGGCCUCGCCUCGCAACUUCUUGAAGUUGUCACGUCAAAAAACGAUGCCUCGUUGACCCUCUGCACAGUAAACUUAUACUGCAAAUAGGCUUUUAAAAUUCUUAUGUUAAAAGUCUAGGAUAAAGAGUGAAAAAUAUUUUCGAAUAAAAUUCGUUAGCUGGGUAUCGAAAAUUGUCCAAAACCUGAACCUGACAUCUUCGCAAAAAGUGAUGCUUGUAAUGAAUGUGAAAAGCAUUUUAAAAGCUCAAAUUAAACUUAGAUGUUGUAGUCACGAUCGUGUUCUGAGCUAAUUUUAUGAAUGAACAAACUCAAAACAAUAGACAGAGAAGCCGUUUCUUGAAAAUUUUUAUUCAAAGUCCAAAAAGUUAAUCCUUUAAAGCAAUUCGGAAAACACUAUCUGGAUCGUGGAUCCAUUCACGCAAGUGGAAUCGGCUAAGCACAUGGCAAAAUUCAACACAAAAUCCAUCUCAAAUCAGGGCACAUUUUGUAAUUUUUCUUUAGCGCACAUUUUUGGAUUUUUAGGUUAUUUAAAGAAUAAUUUUCAGGGAACUUGGUUGGGAAUUUACUUGUUCACUUAGAAGAAAAAAAAAUAUCCAAAAAUUUAUAAAAAAACAUAAGACGUCUAUGAAACAUUUAAAAAUACAUAAAUUCCCUUUCAAAAACGUAAUUGUCUUGGCCAUAGAGUGCAAAAUGUACCUGAAAAUUCAGCAAAAACUUCGCUGACUUGGUUGCGUUUCAAAACAGACCAUGGGCUCCGCCGUGAAGAAAACAAGGUUGAAUUCCUUGAAGGACGAUUUCUUGAUGAAAAGAUUCCCUUUCUCCACAAAAAGAAAGCUGAGCAUUCUUUUGAACUUUCUCUUUCCAUUUUUUGUCUUUUAACGGUGUAUUUUUAACCUUGAAAUGCAGAACUCUUGUCUUAAAACAUCUGCAUGGUCAUGGUCAUCAUCGCAGCAGCCAUUUUCUUGAAAAUGGAUAUCCGUCACUAAGGUUUCCAAAUAUGGUCAAAAUGAAUAUUCACGAGCAUUGAACGCGAGUUACACGUUUCAACCCCUUCUGGGUUUCUGUAUUUACCAAAUCAGUUGGAUAAAACCGAAAAAAAGUAACUUUUUGUAAAUUAAAAACUUCACUUAGUAGGAACUUUAUUUGCAAUUUACAAAUACUUUGGGGAUUUUGUUAAGUACGAUUUUGUUGCAAAUUCAGCACGAAAAUAAUUUCUACCUACCAGUGAACACCGACAAGCCAAAGUUUGUCACCUAUUUGGUAAUUGCUUGUACAACUGUUUGAUUUAUCACACAAAUUUCGUUGUCCAAAAAUGUAUCAAAACGAGAUGGCAUCAUGCAUAGGCUCCGGUCGCAAAAUAGGUGAACAGCCAAGGAUAUUCCAAGUUAUGCCGGAGCCAAUCAAAAUGCACGAAAACUGCUAUUCACUUAUUUGGUAAAUACUAAAUGUACUUAUCCACUGGGUAGUGAUUUAUCUGGUGGAUAGCUCAAUUGCGCUAUCAGGGGGCCCAGUUGUUCAAAAGCUGGAUUGCAAUCCAGCUUUUGAACAACUGGGCCCUGAUCUCAGCUAUAAUUGACAAAAAAGUGUUACUCAUGGUUAAAAUAACCCUUAAUACUGUUAUGCGGUACAGUCAUUGCAAUCUAAGCUGGAGGCUGAGAUGAAUCGUGACCACUCUAUCCUUCCUGCUGCUAUCGUCAUUUUCCGCACUCUUCGUAUGGCUACUACCGCAGUCCAAGUGAGAUGGGAUAAUUCCCCCAUGACCAUGAACAUGGAACCAGCCCCAGAAGUGUCCAACAUAAUUUGGAACAACCUUGCAUUUGGACUUUGGCGAAGGUACAGUAGUGUACUCUCUUGAAGAAAUUCAUUACGCUAGUAAGUUCAAAUAUAUACUAAAAAUGUUAUUAAAGCACAGCCCGAAAGAAAAAUCCUAACCGUCAACUAACACCUGUGAGGUUUUUAGUUUUGAUAAAAAAUAAGAUGGCUGUCCGCAUCAUUAGGAUUUUUCUUUCAGGCCAUGCGUUUAUAAGAACAUUUGAAUAGAUACAGUGGUGUACUACACUUUCACCUAAAAGUUAUCAGGCGUACCCCUCAAAAUUUAUUAGUUGAAAGUUGAAUCUGUUAGUAUGGUACAUUUCAGAUUCAUCUCUUCAUUCCUGCAUGUGUGAGCAUGAGCGGUGAAUUCAGGUAGUUAUGAAACUUCUGCCAGCUCAGUUUUCUUGAAUUCGCUAUAAAUGUCUUCAAAGCAAUUUUCUUCAUUCAAAGAUUUUCCAAUCUAACCGAAUACUGAGAAGUUGUGGCUAAAACUUCACUGUUUAUUAUGUGUGCAGGGAUUUUGAAUUGAAUUUGAUACUGGUUGCAGCAACAACUAACGUUCAGACUUAAAUAAAACUAAUCCCUGAUCAUUCCAUGCCAAAGGGCCAAUAUUAUUUUUUUCACUUUCCUUAACCCCUUAAGUCCCAAUAUCCACACAUAAAUUCUCCAAACUGGUCUCCAUACAUUUCCUUAAAGAAUGAGUUGAGAGAAUUUGAUAAAACAUCAAGGCAUUUCCUCUUAGGUGACCAUUUUAUUAAUUCGCAUAACCUAAUCUCUUGGCAUUGUAUGGAUAUCAUUAGGAGAAAAUUGAUGUUGGUCACUAUUGGGUUAACUAUGCCUUUCUUACACAUGUGGGAGUAAUAAUACUUUUUAUUUGUUUACUUUUUGUGACAGGAAAUUUUGCACAGCACUGGUUUAUGUAGCUAUAUUCAUGUUGGUGUUUUUCUGGGCAACACCUGUUGCAUUCAUAUCAUCAUUAAUUACAUUAGAAAAUAUUGCAAAAAAGGUUCCUUUCUUAGAUCCGGGUAAGUUGAGUUACAUUAUAUAGUUACAGUCAACUCUCGCCCUGCAGAAAUGUCACUAUAACAGACACCCCAGUAAUACAGACAGCAGCUAAAUCCCUGGCCAAAAAUGAAUAACCGACUUGUGACUGAAAUAAACCCCCUCUGUAAUGGACUCUCACUAAUGAUGACACUAACCAGCGUGCAAAGAAAGUAGUGUCCGAUAGCCCGGGGCUAGUGGAUUUUGCUAUUGGGCUAGUGAAUUCUGUUUUUAACUUGCCCGAUGUGCAAGUGGUAUUUUUUUAGGAAUUCGAAUAACAGAAGAACUGUAGUCAAUCCUGCUCAUCAAAUGUUUUUCGGGCUAGCUAGUUGAAAUGAAUUUCGGGCUAGUACAACCUAGCUACAACUUGCCCGAAUGGCAAGCUGUAAAACUGACUUUCUUUGCACCCUGCUAACUCAAGGUUCCUACAGUGUGCGCUAUUACAGUAAGGAGCCCAGAAGUGUAACUGCUUUUGAUUUAUUUACAUUCUUUCAUACAGAUUUAAUCCAAUCAGAAGUCAGCUGGAAACUGUCCUUGACUUCUGAUUGGUUAAUUUCUGCAUGAAAAAAUGUGAGUUAUUUAAUUGAAGGAGGUCAGACUUUUGGGCUCCUUGCUGUAAGGGAGUUGACUGUGCGUUAAAAACAUUCCCGUACCUAUAAAGAUAGACAAUUUCCUAACCUUGCUGCUAAAAUGAGACUCCUUCCAUUGCCAACCUCAAUUUUGUGCACUUCUGAGCUUGGAAAACAUAGUAUCAGUCUUCAUCAUUAGGGGCCUGCAUAGCAAGCAUUUCUAAUUAAGAUGUUAUUUGAAAGUUGGAGCAAACGCAAUAAAAUGGAAGAGGAAGGGUAGGGUAAAAGAGGAAACUCCAUUCUCGCUCCCGCUUCAUUCCUUGUUUUCUUAUGAGAUUGUGUAUAAAAGUAUGAUAAUAUGCUUGUUAAAUAAUAUUAUUAUUGUUAUCUAUUAUUUUUCAUUCUUGUGGCAGUUCUGAGUUACUCCACGUUUGUGAGAGGAAUUAUUGAAGGAUUUCUUUCCAGUGUUGCACUCUGGGUAUUCUUUGCCAUUUUGCCAUUGGUAUGUUUUUGUUCCUACAGUUAACUUGAAGAAAUUUUAAAUAUUCAUUAUGGCGCUACUUAGCCUGUUCCAGGCUCCAAGAUAGUAAUGUGCAGAGAUCGUGGAGUGAAAUUGAUACGAAAAACGCGGGGUGGACCGGGGAGUUGGAAAGUGUCUCUUCUUUUCCCGCCGCCGCCCAUCCUAUUUUUCCUAUACCUUGUUUUCGCGACAUCCCUUCUAUCUAAGAGCCUGGCAUAGGCAAGUCAAUACUGUGGGUAGCAAGUGGCCUUGCAGCUGUAUGUGCAAAAUGUGUGUGAAUGAGUAACUGCAGAAGACUGUAAGGUGUUGUGUUGUUGCUUGAUGCUUGGCCUACUUUGGCAGUCUCACCACGUCAAGGAAAAGAGAAUGUGUUUUUAUUUGAUUUUGCAAGCUGAUGUGUACAACCUGUGAUUUCUUCUUCUUUCUCCAGAUUUUAGAGAAGCUCACUAAACAGGAAGGCAUAGCAUCUAAAAGUGAAGUCGCCAAAUCUGUCUUAGGAAAACUUUACAUCUUUGUGGUAAUGUGGAAUUUGUCUGUUCUUCUAGGGUGUACUUAAUCACGAGUUUCGGUAGAAAUUUCUUAAUAAUAUAUGAAAUGAAUAUGUUACUUCGUGGAAAAAAUCGGCUUUUUUUACGCUCUCGUUUUUGUAUAAAUCUCAAUCGAUUCCCCAAGAACACGUGCGCUAAAUGAACACGGUACGCGCGCACUGUCCAUGAGGUGUUCUAUAUUUUCAAAUUUAAUGGAAUGCUCAUAAGAAUGUAGCUACUGUAAAGACAUGUUUCACUGCUAAUUCUCGUUGUUUUUGUUUUCCUUUAUAGAUUGUUAAUCAAUUCCUGUUUCUUUCUGCUGGGUCAGCAGCUUUGUCAAAAGUGGAGGAACUUGCUAAGGAACCUGUUAAGAUUACUAGCUACCUGGCAGAAUCUCUUCCAGCGCAGUCUACAUUCUUCAUCUGCUAUAUCAUGCUGCGCUCAUUUACUGGCCUUUCCUUGGAGCUCUUACGUGUUGUUGACCUUAUUGUCAUUCCUGUUAAACGCAGAUGGUUUUGUUAUACACCGAGAGAGGACGAAGCUGCAUGGAGACCGCCCCCUAUUCUGUACGAUCGUGUGGUAUGUCACUGUACAUUCAGGCUGUACAUUGUUCUACCUGCUUACAUUUUUACUGCAGCCUUUGAGAAGAUCCGCAUCGGCAGAUACCCCCAGGUCUUGUGUUUUUACAGUGACUCAACCGCCGCCCGGUUAGCUCAGUUGAGAGAGCGCCGGUCUGCUGAGCGCGAUACCGCGGGUUCAAACCCCGGCCGAAACAAAUCUCAGGGUCUUAAAAUAACUAAGUAAAAAGUGCUGCCUUUUUGGUGACUUCUGCAAAUGGUUAGACGUUCUGAACUUCUCGGAUAAGGAUAAUAAAUCAUAAGCCACGUCUCACAACGCUUUCUCAUGUAAAAUUGCUCAAAAUCGGACGGAAUAGUACCCACACACACAUCGUUAAGAGUACGUGGUCCCUGGGGUGUUGGUCUAUGAGUCUCUGCCAGCAUGUGUUUGGGCUGGUUAGAGUAGCUUGGAGGUAUUCUGGGGGAAUGAUGCCACAACACAAAUGUAUGCAGCCAGAAAUCAGGCUAUUUACCUGGUUCUAGAACCCUUGCUCAGGAACUUAGGACCUCCACGCCAGUUUCUUGGGUAUAAAUUUUUAAUUAUCCUAUCUCCGCGUGCGUUGAUCACACGCGCUCCCACGUCACACAACAUCUAAUGCUAACUUGUGUGUUUUGAAAGUGUGAAGGUACGGUAAAUCAGGCAGCAAAAAACAUGCAACUUGUCUUGCAACAUUGCUGCAAAACGAGCUGAAUAGCGAUGUUGUGCGUUUUACCAUCCACAUCAAACCUGUCUUGUAGCAAAUCAGGUUGUUAACAGGUUUGAAUGGGGGUGAUAAAAUGCGCAGCAUCGCUUUUCAAAACACAAGGCACUUAACAUUUUAGUGAGGUACCUUUUCCUAAGGGCGUCUGAUUUGUUGAUGUGUGUUCUCUCCUUUUUUCGAAAGGGUAAAACCAUUUCGUUUCACGCUCAUGAGAGCAUUACACAUAGCUGACGCUGUGUUUCUUUUGUUUCUCGUUAGUACACCGAUCACUUACUUGUGCUGGUUGUAGGAUUAUCAUACUCAGCGUUAGCUCCUCUUAUCACUCCAUUUGUUGCGUUGUACUUCGGGCUGGGGUACAUCGUAUGGAUGCAUCAGAUACUCUGUGUAUACAUCCCAGUGUACAGUUGUGGAGGCCUUAUGUGGCCAAAGUUAUUUAACAGGUAAAAACAAAGCCUUGUAAGCCUGUCCAGCAAAUUGAUUUUCUCAAAAAGGUGUCGCGAGGGUGAUCUUUACAGGGUCUUUCCUCGAAUCGGAGUCGAUCAUUUAUUGUGCUCUAUGCCUCACAGUAUCAUAAUAAGUCGAAUUCGUUUCAUUAUGGGGGGAGGCUUUUAUCCGGGGAGGGUUUAAACAUGGAUGUAUUUUUUUGUUUGCUUACGGGUAUAUGGGCGAAUAUCUGUGGAGUGGGGGGUUGGGGGCCUGUGGGGGAGGGGGGAGCUUAUAGACAGUAGCUUACGGUACUUUAUUUCAAAAUACCGUAAAAUUCCGAAAAUAAGCCCCGGGGCCAAGAGCCGAUUAGUAAUCGGCUCCUGCCGGGGCUUAUAUUUUUCAAAGGCCCUUUAUGAGGGGCUUAUUUUUGGAGGGGCUUAUAUUCGGAGGGGCUUAUCUACGGAGGGAUAUUUGCGUUUCAAAAUUGAUUUGGCUAGCCUUAUAGCUGGAAGGAAAUUUACCGUUUUUGCUUUGUUUUACUUUGUAUUUGAGGGCAAUUUCCAAGUACAAGCCCCCGGGUGGCUUAUAUUUGGAGGGGCGAUUUAACGGAGGGUUUUUUGCGUUACGAGUUUGGGGGGGCUUAUACAUGGAGGGGCUUAUUUUCGAAAUUUUACGGUAGCUCUGUUUUAUUAUUGUUGUGUCUUCAUCUUUUCAGGGUUAUCGCGUCAAUGAUUGUGUUUCACCUGCUCAUGAUGGGAGUUUUGAGCCUGAAGGAAUCAUUCAUCACCUCAGCGGCUAUGGUUCCUCUUCCAAUAUUUACUUUUCUGUUUUUUGCUUUUAUUCAACAACAUUUUGUUGGAGCCUCAAUGUGCCUAUCCCUCAGCAUGGCGUCGGGGUUACAAGAGGCUAGUCCUCAUUUUCUCCAGGUAAGUCUACUAACAUUGUAAAUGAGUUGAACCCACGAGUCAUGUCAUAAGAUGAUUGCUCGAGUGACUGUAGCCCUUAAUAGGACUGUGGUAUUUUGUUUGUACAUUUUGCCGGUUUGUUAGAUUCCCCUAUUUUUCCUUAAUAUUGUCGGGAUUGAGCGCUUACCGUCCAUCUUGGUUUCAAAUGUACCGAGGGGGGAGGGGGCGGGCCGGUACAUAUGAAACCAAGAUGGCCGCCCGUAACGUUAGGUUUUCAAUCUCGAGAAUCUUACGGAAAAAUAGAGGACUGGGAACGAUCUACCGGUUUGUAUAUGUAAACAUCAGAGCAAUGAGGAUUUUCCUACUUGUUCUUUUAAACUGAUGGCAUUUUUCCCUCGAAACGUUACAUUACUCAAGGCCAGGAGCUCCUUUCAAGACCAAGAAAGGACACUAAAAAUUAUUCAUCUGAAAUCUUUACGCGGCUUUUAUGCUCUUUGCCUCAAACACUAGGCAUAGUGGAAACUGUUAAUCGUAUGUAUAUCUCCUAUGUACCACACUUCUUUACCGACCAUGUACUGUUUGAAAAACACGAUUCUGAAAACAGCGCGUAAUGCCCUUGUAUGUGAGUUUAGUAGAAACCAGCUAUCACCCGAAGUAAGGUAAUCCAAGACAGCCUUGGAUUCUGGAUUCCAGGCCAUGUACAUUCCUGAUUCCAGGUGCUAGAUUCUGAAUUCCUUGUCAAUGGAACUUGGACUCCGGAUACCAAUCUUUUGCGGGAUUCCGGAUUCCUUGAGCUGAAUUACGGAUUCCAAAGCCCAGUAUUCCAGAUUCCACGAGUAACAUUUUUCCCGAAUUCCGGAAUCAGAUUACCUAACAUGUGACGACAACUGGUAUUCUAUCGCCCCAUGGAAGGGAAUCCGGAUUCCGGAAUGCGAGAAAAUUCUUCUUGUGGAAAAUUUGGAAAAUUUGGAAUCUUGGGCUUUGGAAUCCGGAAUACAGCUCAAGGAAUCCGGACUCUCUAACGAUUGAAAUCCAGAAUCCAAGUUUCAGUGACAAAGACCGUAAUCCAGUACCUGGAAUCCAGAAUCCACUGCGUGGACUCCAGAAUCCAAAACUGUCUUGGAUUCCCUUUAUACAUGGGGCGAAUUGUAUAAAUCACGAGAGAAAUUUCUUUAGCAGAACUUUGGCUUAGUAGUUCUGAAUUUGGAGGAUUUUCCCAAAGGAAAUUUCAAGUUUUGUUGUUUUUUUUUUCUUUGGCCAUUACCAGCAGUGAAAUGUUUUACAUUUAAUCUGGUAACACAGUUUUUGGUAUAUCAUUUUAACUUUUCAGGAUGUUGCUCGACGUUAUGUCAGAAAUCAUCAGUUGCCACCAACGUAUGGUCGCAGUACAUCGUACUUUAACGGAGAUUAUUUGUAUGAAUACGAGGAGAUAUCCUCUGAUGUAGCACCAGAUGCGUCCUGGUCAAGAGACUCCCCAAACGAAGAACUUGCUUAAAUUUCCCUGAAUAUCGGCGUAGCGUGGAGAAUCGGCCGUAAUUACAGUGUCAGUGUCUCAGUGUAACUUCUCUAGUGCUGCAUUCUAGUUCGGAGUGGUGGAAAAAAAGCUUGAACAAGCCAGGUUAGGAUCAAGAGACAGGUUUUGUCUAAUCUGUUUAUGAAACAGAAGACUUUAAAUGAAAGACUUGUGAACGUAAUCAAACCAAGAAAAGGACAGAUUAAAUAAUUUAAUAUUUAGGUGACGGGUAUUGCUAGCCGUGAAUGCCGCAAGUGUUAAUUACGUCUUGGUUCGCACCUUCCUACUUAUCUAAAUAAUUAAGAAACCUAGAACUAUUAUAUUUUUAACAUGAAACUGCAGUAGGUUUAUAAAUUACUAGGAAUCCUUGAGGCCUGUUUAGACUGCUGACCUGUUUCGGGGCCAUCAACCUGUGAAUGUGACAGUAGCGUUUAGCUUUAUCUAGAGUAGCCUGCGUAGCAGGCGCUGGUUUUUUCAGGGCGAAGGGAAAAAUUUCUAUGCAAGCGCGGGUAGCCGCUACAGUCCGUUGAGUGAUGUAUAAGACCCCGGUGGACCAACCAACCAUGUAAACCCCGUUUACAUGGAGGGAGGGUUACCCUCCUUUAAGGGUCGUCCUAUACUCUGUUUUUUUUCCUCCUAGAUUUAUUUACAGUAGAGGCAAGGUCCUAGGAG